CGUGUGCCAACGUCAGCGGAAACCGUAGCGUCGCGAAAGGUAUGCCUCAAUGUUGGGGCAAGACGGCACGGCACACGACCACCAUCCUGCUGGAGUUAGUUCACGAUGAAGUGUCGCAUCUUUUGCGCGUUGCUGUUAAGUGCCCUCGUGCCACGUUUCGGCCACUCGUGGGAUCUGCGUUCGAUCGGGAUCGAUCGGUACCGCGUGCGGCACGUAUCGCUCUACCACUCGCGGGCGUUCCUAACGCUUGAAUCAUCCAACGGUGAGUGGACACUCAAAGCCCUGUGCAACCAACACGCGUUACACAAUCUACUCUCCCCCACCCCGUUUGUAGUUACACUGGUCGAAGCAACUUGGCCCGAAAAUACGGGCAAUCAGUGGCCCCGAGUGUUGUCGGACGAAUGGGAUGAGAGGACGUGUCGAGGGUUAAGACGGGUGCUCGGUACGGAUAUAGAUCGCCUCGCCCGGCUGUGGGUGCUGUGUGGUGCUGAGGUCCGGGACGAGCUGGACUGUCCCCCGAAGCUGGUCAUUCGUAGUUUGAUUAGCCCCGGUACGGGUGAGAUACAUCAUCGGUUUGGUCGGGCGGACCAGCAACGUCUUCAUGCGAUUGUUGUUGACCCAGUACCGGCUAGUGAUGGUGAUACGCGUGCGUUUAUAACCCUAGUGGAUCAAGAUCACGUACUGCUGUACUCAUUGUUCAAGCGUACGAUCGGGAAGCUUCAGUUUCAAAAGAACGACCUAACAUCACUCCAUCCGAUAUCACUCUCCGAGGUCACUAUCAACAACAACCGUCUGUACGUGGCGGACACGGUCAGCGAUCGGUUGUUCGCCCUUCCCGUGCGAAACAUUCGUCAGCUCGCUUUCCCGGAAGAUGGCGUACGGAAGAUCAUCAUGAAAACGAACGUUACCUACCUGGGACGGUUGCUCGGUCGGCCGUGCGGUCUUAAGCUAGACUUCCGCGAUAAUCUUCUGUACGUGCUGCAAAGGGACGGUGCGAUCGUCAAGUGGACACCGGGCCGAUCACUCAAAGCGGAAAACCAUCGCGUAAUCCUGCAGCAGGGCUCAAACAUUACGCAGAUCAUCCUGGGCGUCGCCGGGAAGGCUUGGGCUGUAUCUGGGGAGUACAUAUCGCCCGAAACUCACCGACACUGCAUGAAGAUUGUGGUAUAGUACGACGCCGUUAGCUCUGUAAGAAAGAGAACUGUGAUAAAGAAUCUCGUAUAGUACGGAAA